GUCACCGAAAAGGGCAAAGCCUUCGGAAAUAGAAACAAAGUUGGUCACAAAUCACAUUGGCUUUGCCCGAAGACCCCCUCCCUCCCACUUUUCUUUAUCAUGGUACCAUGGAGAAAGUGACCAGUCCUGUCGGCGGUGCAGGACACGGUGGUUUAGUGGCGAGAGUCAGGCUGUAACUUCUACGUGACCAUGGUACCUGUUGAAAACGCAGAGGGCCCCAAGCUGCUGCACCAGAAGGGCAGAGAGGCGGAGAGCGAUGGCCCCUUCGGAGCCAGCGGAGCCAGCCGGCAUCCUGCCUGCGCGGGAGGUUGCAGCAUGUUUACUUUCCUGACAUCUGUCACCGCGGCUGUUAGUGGCCUCCUGGUAGGUUACGAACUUGGGCUCAUCUCAGGGGCUCUUCUCCAGAUCAGAACCCUGCUGGCCCUGACCUGCCAUGAGCAGGAAAUGAUUGUGAGCUCCCUGCUCAUUGGGGCCUUCCUCGCCUCUCUCACUGGAGGGGUUCUGAUAGACAGAUAUGGACGAAGGACUGCAAUCAUUGUGUCAUCUUGUCUCCUCGGAUUUGGAAGCUUAGUCUUGAUCCUCAGGUUGUCCUACAUAGUUCUCAUCAUGGGCCGCAUUGCCAUUGGAGUCUCCAUUUCCCUCUCUUCCAUUGCUACCUGUGUCUACAUUGCUGAGAUUGCUCCACAACACAGAAGAGGCCUUCUUGUGUCAUUGAAUGAGUUGAUGAUUGUCAUUGGCAUUCUUUUUGCCUAUAUUUCAAAUUAUGCAUUUGCCAGUGUCUCCCAUGGCUGGAAGUACAUGUUCGGUCUUGUGAUUCCCUUAGGAAUUUUGCAAGCAAUAGGAAUGUACUUUCUCCCUCCGAGUCCUCGAUUUCUGGUGAUGAAAGGGCAAGAGGAAGCUGCUAGCAAGGUUCUUGGAAGACUACGAGCAAUCUCAGACACAACUGAAGAGCUCACUGUGAUAAAAUCUUCCUUGAAAGACGAGUAUCAGUACACUUUUUGGGAUCUGUUUCGGACCAAGGAUAAUAUGAGGACUCGAAUAAUGAUAGGUCUAACACUGGUAUUUUUUGUACAAGUCACUGGACAGCCAAACAUAUUAUUUUAUGCAUCAACUGUUUUGAAGUCAGUUGGCUUUGAAAGUAAUGAGGCAGCUAGCUUGGCUUCCACUGGAGUUGGGGUGGUCAAGGUUGUAAGCACCAUCCCAGCCACCCUUCUUGUAGACCAUGUUGGCAGUAAAACCUUCCUCUGCAUUGGUUCAUCUGUGAUGGCAGUUUCGUUGUUGACUAUGGGUAUUGUGAAUCUUAACAUCCACAUGAAUUUCACCAAUAUCUGCAGAAGCCAUAGUCCUAUUAACCACUCCUUGGAUGAGCCUGGGCUUUAUGGAGCAGGAAACCUAUCAGACGGCAACAAUAUUCUCAGAGAGCACUUUGAAGAAAUCACUUCCCACAGCAGGGGCUCACUUACUCCCAUGGGAAAUGACAUGGGUAAGAAAGGGGAGAUGACCUCCACGUUCUUACCAAAUGCUGGACUACACCAAACUGAACACAAGAUAGCCACAGACCCUGAGGAAGUCCCAGCUUCUUUGAAAUGGCUGUCUUUAACCAGCUUGCUUAUUUAUGUUGCUGCUUUUUCAAUUGGUCUAGGACCAAGAACAGUAAUUAUCUCCCUUGAGCUGAUGAUUCUCAUCUCAGUUCUAUCAUCUCACAUGACUCCGCUCCUUUUCCGCCAAAAGCAAAUAAGAAGCUGCAAAGACUGAAGUCAUACAGUCUGAAGUCACAGUUCUUUGUCACUCAUCUUUGAGGGAACAACUGUGUCUGAUCUUCAAGGCCCUCCUUCAUCUCAUUCGGGCUUACCAGGGCAUCCUUGCACUAUUUACACCGUUGUCUGUGGAGACAUGGUCCAGCACCCCCAGUGAACCAGAAGUGCAUCCGGAUGCCACAGAGCACAUCCAGUGUGUGAUUAGCCAGGCAUGUUCAGUGGCCUUCCCAGCUGGACUUCUUUGUUUUUCACUGUGCCACCCCCUGGUCAAUAAACACAAUGCACUAUUGCAACAUAUUGUUUUCCUCUCUACCUACAUCCUUUUUGUCUCUGGGCCUUAAUAAAAAUCUUUCCUCUCUGUAAACCCACUGCCUUUCUAGAGGAUUUCUUUUAUAUGAGCUAAUAGUGUAUUGCUAGCAUACAGUUAUCCUGUUCUGGGCUACCAGGAGCCUGAGUUAAAAAUCAGUGAACCUUGUGUCUAAUCCCAGCUCUUAAAAACUUACUGGCUAUGUGACCUCAGGUCGUUUCUCUUCUCUAAGGUGUUUCCCAUCUACUAAAUGAGUGUAAUCGUGCUGGUUCUAUCUUCUCGCGUGGGUGCAUGUCAAAUGAGCCAAUGCGUGUAAGUGUUUUGCGUGUGUAGCACAUGAUAUCAAUGAGCUACACGGGACAACACAGCUCAGUCCUUAACGACAUAUGUGUUCCUUCUUCUAUAUGUUUGUUUUGGUUUAUUAACUAGAAUGUAGUUGCUAGAGUAUAGAUUCCUUGAAGGAAGAAACCACAUUUCAUGCUUUUCAUUUUGUUCCUUUAAAAGCAAGCUGCUAGGAGGAAAAAGACUUUAAAAAUACGAUGCAGACACAGGAAAGACGUAAGUGUGCUUCUUAACUUGCAGGGAGCUAUCAAGUGGAUGGGCGAAGGUCGCAAUAAGCUGGAAAUGCCAGGCUGCCAAGAAGGCACUGCUGCUGCCAGACACCAUCACGAGGCGUGUGCAGAACAAUCCAUCACUUGGCCCUCAUUUCUAAAAUCUCUCUCUGUCUUUGUAAGAAAAAUGCAGGAAGAUAGUGGUACUCGGAAGCAGCUAGCAGGAGGCAUGUAGGGCAUUUCUUUGUUAAGUCCUAAAGAACUAUUUGGACACAGUAUCUGAAAGUUGUCCUGGAUUUUGGGGGACAAUUUGCUUUUUGCUACAACCUCAUCAUGGAGGAGAGAAUGUUUUUGAGAACUUCUUAGACCGUAAGUAAUGCUAGGCCGAUAGAAAAAUCUCAGGAUUGAAGGCAGUUGAAGUUUAAGAAAAGAAAUAAUUCUUUCAUAUCAUGACUUGUCCAAUUGAUAAUUACAGUUCCAUAGACUGACCUGUGUGUUCACUUGUAGAGCUAGGUCAGCCCAUUGAAGGCAAAUGUCUGAAUUGCCCUCUCCAAAGAAAAGUUGUUUCUCACUGUGGUGUGGGACUAUGAAUUCUCCUAGUCUUUUAAGGAGGAUCUAAAGAAUUGUGCUUUUCUGCCUCCUUGGCAAAAGUCAGUCAUUUAUGUCUAUAUUCAUGUUGUAGUUAUUUUUCUACCCUAAAGAAAACAUACCAUAGGAAUUCCAUUUCAAUCCUCAAAAUUAUGUUUUAGGGCAUUGGCAUAAACUGUAGGAACUGUUGGAGUUUAAACAAGAUUGUUUUUAGGAGCAAGCUUUUCAUACCAGGUUUUUUAACGCAUUAUAAAACUUAUUAACCUGCUGUGAUUAUUCCUUAGGUAUUUCAUUUAGAGAAACUAUUGCCCGUAAUACAAACAAAUCCUUUGUGCAAACAGGUAUAAAAGGAAAAGUACUUGCUGCUCUAAAGUAACAUGGAAAGAAAAAUUAAACCAUCCUUAUUAAAUCUUCUUAAAUAUGGGUUGGCUUAAAACAACAUUCUUUAAUUGCAUUAGAUCACGGUGUGGUUUUCUUCUGCCAGGAACGUGUUUCUAUUCUUAGGUUAAAGUAUAUGCCUACAUCAUUUCACUUUCUGGUCUUGUGUUUCUCUAACUUUAAAAAUAACAGAGUUGCUCUAGAUCGCAGAAUUUAGGAGGAGAUAUAAAUAUGGAAACCUACAUUUUAUGCAUUUAAAAUAUGGUUCUAAGAGAGCUCUUUCGAUCUGAUAGCCUGCUGAAGGCAUUUAUGGUUCAGAAGUGGGUAAGAGCCCCUGUCCUCCAUUUCUCCGUAACUAAAACUAAAACUCUUCUGUCAAAUAAAAUCAGGACAGCAUUCCACUGCCAUUAUUAGAAACUCUUACUAAAUAUUCUGUUCUACAUAUGUCAUCUUUCACUUCAACAGAGGUUCAAAAUUUUGGCCCGACUCUCCACUGUAUUUCUGGGCUCCCUUCAAUAGCUAAGAUGUUUUCAGCAUGAAAUCACAGAUUCUUAUUAUUUUGAAGACGCAGAACACAUGAAAAUUUCUCUUCUACUCAUACCUCACACAUGAAGUAAAGAUGAGCCGAAGCCCAAGGUUUAACGUUAUUAUGAGUUCCUUUGAGGUGAUGCACGUGUAGAAACGCAGCUCUCCUUAAAAUAGAUACCAUACCUCAGAAAAAUGUUUGGGGUUGUUCUUUCCACAAUAAUUAUUGAACUUUUUAGGCCCCAAAAUUCAUGUGUCCAUAAAUUAGUUCAUUAACUUCAUCUUUCAUUCCAUGAUUGGCAUUUUUUUUAUGAUGAAUAGAUGGAGGAAAUUGUUCUCAGUGUCACCGUCUAAGUUAGGUGAUGAGAUUAUGACUGUCAUCCUUUAGCUACAAUGACACAUUGAGGGAAACUAACACUGAAGACUGAAUGGCAAAUGACAACACAUGAUCUUCCACUGUUUCUUUCACCAAAUCUGAGGACCAAAAUAAGCAGGAGAGCUGGGGUUUCCCUCCGUGGCAUAAGUGCCUGCCUGGCAAUCAUAAGAUUGUGAGUUCAAUCCCCAGCACACACACACACACACACACACACACACACACACACACACACACACACAAAGGCAAGAGUGAGCACCAUGGAGUGACCAAGAAGAGGAGAUGGAGGGAGAAAGUGGGGAGUCAUCUCUUCACUCACUGACCCAGCAGGUGUGCAUACAGGGCCUGGCACAGGUGCUGGAGAUUUUGGGGGGAAUGGGAGAGAUCCGCACUUUGUUCUCAUGGAGCUGGUGAUGGGAGUAAGUAAGAAGUGAGAAUCUGAAUACAUAUAUAAUACAAUGUCAGGAAAGGGAAGUGUUAAAAUUAGGAUAAAGACAAGAGAGACAAAUUAAAAUAAGGGUAAGCAAAAAAGCAUGUUCGGAAGAGGGUUCCUUUCAGAUAUGAGGGAGACAGGAGGAGUUUCCAAGCUGGUGACAUUUGUAUCAAGGCUUAUUUGAAGAAAACACUGAAGAUCUGGGACAAGAGUUUAGUAGGGAUGAUAGUAGUCAAACGGCCCGGCGGAGGCCAGGAGCCUACACACCGUAGGACUAGAUGCCGACAGGGCUUCGAGUGCUAACGGCCUGGCCUGCCAGCUCCAUAAUAGAAGACUUCGGGGAAGUCAUUUAAUAUCUCAAAACUUCAGUUUCCUUACUGAGAAAACGGGAGCCAUAGUGUCAACUUACCUUGUAAUUAUAGAGUUCAAGGAAGCAGGCUGUAUAGUAUCUCCUUAGUUUAGAGCCUGGUGUACAGCACUGGCUCAGUAUACUUAGUGAUAAAUAAGUAUUUAUUUAUUAAACAUCUGGCUCUCAUCUAGACAUGAGAUGGUUCUGACUAAGUAGGCGUCUCACUUAGGCAGCUCAGGGACACAAAGGAUGUACUCCAUGGCCUUAUACUGAUUUAUGGUGUGAUGAUCAUCCUCACCUCCCUUUAUAUACUAUUCUAGUAUUUAAGGCUGUGGAAAUUGAUUUGUGUCUUUCAGUAGUGUGUGGUUCAAUCUUGAAUCACAUAUAAUCAAGAGGAUUUCUUAGGAAAAGAAAAUCCUGAAGCCUUGAUGAAAGGUAAAAAGUGUGAUUUCAACUGAGAGAUGCCCAAAUGUUUACUCUUCUGAGGUGUUGCUAUACUUUAAACUGCGUGUUCUGAGCUCAAAUAAAUCUUGCCCUGUUUACUGUAACUUCCCUGAGACUAAAAUAGAGUCUAGUCUAUGAUAAGUUGGAUGAAUUUUCUUUUAAAAAAUAUAAAACUCUUUUAGUUUUCAUGAUUAAUGGGGAGCUUUUUAGUCUGGAGUUAAUACAUUCAUAUCUCUUCUGGAAUAAAGCAAACCCAGUAACUAGGGAACAAAAGGCAAAUGUGGUUUGUGUGGAGCCCUUUACAUAUUUAGCUAAAAACUGUGUCUGAAUAAAGCUACUUAGUUGAAGAUACAUAACUAAAGAAGGCUUAUGUUUUAAAUUUACUAAAAUUAAGGCCUUUUAAAAAUACAUGUUGUUAGAGCAAGUGUUCCAAGUUUUUUCCAAGUUUUUCUAUUUUGUUCUCCAGGUUCUCUUUGGAAAAAAAAAAAAAAAAAAAGACUGAGACCUUCAGUUUCCAUAGCAUGACUAUUUCAAUCUUAACUCAGUCACUGAAUAAAUUUAAACUUCACUUUUUACAAAAAGAUCUUUUUGCAAUUCCUUCAUGGUUGUCCUAGGAGAAAUAUAUGAAAAUCUAAACCUAGAGUUUGGAAGGGACAUGGUUUUCUACCUAAUCAGUAUUAUUUGAGCUUAUAGAAAUAUUUCAAUGGAUUAACAGGCUUAAAAACCAUAGUAAAAUUCCUCAGAUGUGAAUGGAAAAUCCAAAGUUAAUAAUAGUAACAAAAGAUCUUUGUAGAAAAAUAAUGCCAUAGUUACAGAUAAUAAAACUGUCAAUAAGUGUAAAGGGGCUAAGAUUUUACCCCAUUUUCAGGUUAACAGGUUAGCCUAUUGCAGUUUCAUAGAUGUUGAUAAAAGACAGAAGAAUUCAUCAUCAGAAAUGAAGUUUAUGAUUCACAAUUAGCAAGAGCCAGAAGACCAGAUUUGUGCUAGAUCCCCAAGCUUCAAUGCCCACAGGUCAGCCGGGAGACAUUAGAUAAUCCCUGUGCCUGGGUUUUAUAUAUGAGAGUAAUCCCAAGCAUAGAGAAGCCACAUUUUAGAAUAGACACUAACCAGCCUGAUUCUUUGUCAGUUUACAAAGUGGUCCUUUUCUCUAGAGGAGAGCACAGUCAUUGUCCUGUGUAAGAGCCUCUUAAGAUAGUCAAGAGCAAAAAUGAUCAGAGCUGUUGCUUACAACACUUGCAGAAAUGCCAGAGACUGCUGGGGAUGGGGAUGCAAGCCUGUAAUUAUAGCACUCUGGGAGGAUGAGGCAGAAGGUUUGCAAGUUUGAGCCAGAUGUGAAUAAUCCAGAGACUAUCUGAAGAUAAAAAGGUGAAGGGGAAGUAGUUUAUUGUGAACCCUGGCUUCAAUUCCCAGUACCUGUCCACAAAUGAAUGAAUGAAUGAAUGAAUGAAUGAAUGAAAAUAGAAAUAAUUGGCAAAGACUAAUAGAGAAUUGUUUCCCAACACAAAUAUCUUAAUACUCAGUUAUCCUCUUUUCAGUCUUCAUUGAGAUUAGAAUUUUUGCAAGUUCAACAAUUAUGAAACCUAUUUUUUAGUUUUGUUUCAUUUUAUAGAGUUUUGGAGGAUGUGCAUCAGUAGGAAGCAUACGAGUCAUCUGCCAAACCCUUAAAUUCAGAUUUUAUAUCCAAAUAGCUCUGGGUCUUCAAAAAAAAAAAAUUGCUCAUGUGAUGAUUAUACAGCUAAAGAAUAUGGCAGUUCCAGUGAGGUAGAACAGAAGGUUCUAAUUUGGAAGUUGAGUUAGCUGUUUCACUCCAAAACAUGCUGGGUUUAAGACAAAGAGGCUUGUAUUCCAGAAGCACAUUAAGUGUUUGCAAGGAUUUUAUGUCCUUACAUUUUACCCUGGAUUCUAGGCCUCUAGCAAUCAGAAUCAUCACAGUCAAAGGCUUUUUAAGUGCUCAUUUUCAUUUACCACUAUUCUUAUGGGUUAAUUAUAUGGCUUUAGAGAGAAGAAAUACUGCAUAAAUUUUUAAACAGAAGAAUAUCAAAUGUAAACAUUUUAUGAUAAUAUUCACAUAGUGGGUUUGUACUUAAGUGUUCAUACCUUUACAAUUUUCAAAAGCACAUACUUUGCUUUGAAAUCUUCAAAUUUCCUUUAUCACUAGUGUUCAUGUAAUCCCUGCAUUUUCCCCCUGGUGAACUAGGUUAAAUGUCAUUAUGCUUGACUGAAGCAAUCAUUUGAUCCUUACAAUGUGAGUCAUUACAAUAAUGUGAAGUAAAAAACAUUGUAUCUGAAUAGUUCUGCACUAACUUUGCCUCUGAACAACAGGAAAUGCCUAAAGAAAUAUGUGCAUGACUAAUGGGAUCUUUCUUUCCUCUUUGAAGUUAGAGGAUGCAGAAACAGUAUCCAACAGAACCAAAGAUUUUAACCUUGCAUCUUUGCAGCAUGAGUAGAGCACGUAAAGCAAUGGCUCUAUCAACUUUGUCACCAUCGGCAACUGCUCACGUAAGACAUCGGUGUUCAGCUUUCCUCUCCACCUAGUACGCCAUCAUGUCCUCUGACCUUGAAAAUUAUAAGUGUUGUGAAAGUUAAAUAUCAUGUUGUUUCUCUUAUAUGAGAAACUCAGAAUAUAAUUUAAUUAAAAAAUAAAAUAAAGGAAAGAUAGCAGGAAACAGAGAGGCAGGCUUUUGGAGAUGGAAAAGGAAUGGGGAAAGCAGGGAGGAAGGAUGACAAAGGGAUAAAUCAAAGGGACUGGAAAUGAUUAAAAGUCAUAUAUAUGUACCAAGUCACCAAAAUGAAUGUAACUAUUAUGUAUUAAGACAUACAAAUUAUAAAUACUGGGUGAUACAGACAUGAAAGAAGCAAAGUAAAGUUUUAAUACUAUAUUAAUAAACACAAGGAGUUAUUUGUUAAUUGUUUCUCAAAACAUAUUAAGAAUUAUUCCAAAAAAUUUGCAAAAUUAAAACUAUAAUAUUAAGCUGGGCAGGACAGCACACACCUGUAAUCUCAGCAUUUGGGAGGCUGAGCAGGAGGAUUAUUGCAAAUUCGAGAUCAGCCUGGGCUAUAAAGUGAGCCCAAAGCCAGCCUGAAGUGCAUAGUGAGACCCUGUCUCCAAAUAAAUAAAUAAAUAAAACUAUAAUACUUUCCCAACUGAAGCGUCACUAAUGAAAAAAAUACAAUAUAAACUGUUAUGACUAGAGCCAUCUUAUUCAAGAUGUAGUUCAAAAUAGAAAACAUGAAUUUCUCAUUCCUCCUUUUUUUUGCUUAUUUGUUUCUCAUUUUAAACUUUAGCUCAGUAUUCUGCAAAUUGGGGUAUGCAUACUUUAGGAAGUUCACUUCCCAAAAAAUAUUCCUUUGAUGAUUUAUGAAGAAAGUCAAUUUCCAGGGCUGCAAGUGCAAAAAAAUUUCUUAAAAGUUCUCCUUCCUCAGCUUAACAGUUAGAACCACUCUCCCACUUCAAAGAAAGCUCACAUGUUACUCAUCAUCAGUCUUGCCAUGAUAAACAUCCCAAGUUACAAGAACUCAAGAACACUAAAAACAGUGACACUUGGAAAUAUUGGUGUAGGUGUUAAGAAAUGACUCAAAUGAUAAUAUAAUAGUCCUUUCAUAAGCAAGGUAUUUCAAAUGAUUUCCUUUCAAACAAAAAAUAAUGACCUAAUCCAGUUAUCAACUGAUACAUUAUUAUAAACAACUUUGGUUGUCAGUCUCAAGAACUGAAUAACACUGUUAUUAUAAAGUUCCAUUAGCUCUCCAUCUAUUUUGACUAUUUUAGUCUUGAGAACAAUAAAUUUAAAAAGCAGAAAUGCACGAAGUUACUCUAGAAAUAAGUGACAUUCACAGACACAUGAUAAAGAAGCUUCUCAUUCUCUGCUAAAUAAUGAAUUUUGAUUUUUAUAUUUGAUAUUUAUGUUGAACAUAUUUUAGAUAUUUCUGUAACUUUUAUUUAUUUUGCAUUAAUUAGUUAAUAAUUAAACCAGGAAAUACACACGAAGCUAUUAAAUUAUGUAUAACUAAAAUAAAUUUCCAUUUAAGGUUGUCUUAAGACAUAUGAUACGUUUAUCUGAAAGACUUUCAGGCUGUUAAGCAAUGCAUUACAAUAGGAUGAAAUUUUAAAGUCAAGAGAAAAAAAAACAACAGAAAAUUUACAUUGAAUACUUUGCUGCUAUUUUUUUUUCCCUUGAAUGACGGAUGAUGCUGGGAAUCAAAAAGGCAUGGUAUUUAAAUUCUGCUGGAAACAUUUAAGAGUCAUACAACUAUUUUGCUUCAAAUUUUAAAGUUGACAGCAGUAGAAAUUGCAUAUUUUGUUAUUAUUCAUGUUUAGGGUGAAAAAAUGUUGAAUGUCGGCUUAUAAGUGAGAAAUUUACUUUACUUUUCAAAUUACUUUGAAGGCUACACAAACAAGAAAACUCGAAGCCCACUCACAUAGUUUCUUCCUCUUCAUCGCCUGGUUCACAAACAGCAUUCCAUUUUUUAACUUUGGCACAUUAUCAUAAUUGGUAUGAUUCUGAUUAUUUAUAAGGGUCAUUCCACUGCAUCCAAUUUCCCCUAAAAUACCUUUACACAAGUCACUCCUAAUUAGAAAUCAUUGGGCUGAAAAUCUGGGAUAUGUUGACGACACUUUAAUUCCUUGCCUUUCUUAGUUUGUAAUUCAAGUAACCCAAGACUGUGUUCUUGAAUAAAAUGUCUCUUUUACAAAAGGCUUAUGGCGGGGGGGGGGGGGGGCACAACUCAAGGAGAGUGAGAGACGGAAAUGAUAAUACCAGCAACAAAAAAUAAAAUCUGCCAAAUCAUUGCUAGUGUUGGAGUUGGUGGCUUACAGUGGAGUGUGGUUUUUAAAAAGCAUAAUUUUUCCAUGUAGGGAAUUUAUGAAGCCAGAAUUUAAACAUCUGCUUGGGCAAGACGGGCAUGAUCCUAUUCCAAUUCAUGUUUUGAUAGCCUCUUUGCAGGAGGAGAAUAAGGUGUGCUGCGUGCUCUUUGUAAAGGCAAUAAAAGCCGUAGGAUUUGGCUUCAUUCCUACAGCAUAUAGGGCAGGGCUUCCUUUGCAAAUCAGAUUGUUGAAAACUGUGCAGCCUAACUGUAGAACUUCCUCCAAAGUUGCUAGGAGUUCUCUGGCAAGAGUUUUAAGACCUCGAUGAGUCUUUCAAACGCUGGUCUAGCAUGCCAGGUGGUUCAGGAAGAAUUCAAGCCAAGUGGAAAAUGUGCCUGGAGAGCUGCAGGAUUUAAAUCUGAAAGCGUAGGGGGUAAAAUGACAGUUUUCUAUAGCUAAAACUGGAGCAAAGGCCAGAAAUAAAUAGGAGGGAAGAAAUACUCAUGUAGUAGGAUUAUUAUUUUUAUUGAAUAUCUGUAUUAACCCGAGUCCAUGUGCUCAACUAAACACAAAAAACCUUUGAUGUAUUUGUCAUCCAUGGUCUUCUUAGGGUACACCAUGUAGCCAUAAACACUCUGUACAUUUCAUCUGGGUCACACAAAUUCUGAUAGGAAGCCCUAAGAUUGAAUACCAUGUGAAAUAUGUGUGAACAAGAAUCAGAUUCUAGGAGCCAUUACUACUCCCUUACCUCCCACAAGUUCAAAUUAUUGUAGCAUUUAUUCUUUACUGUGAUGCUAGGCCAACAGAGCACACAUCAUAUCUCUGUCAUGAGUACUCCAGAGCCCUCCAGUCCCUCCAUGUAGCCAUAACCUGGAGAGAAAGUGGGCCAAAUCAUUGGGGAAAAGUAUCAGUGAUUUUACGAAGACUUCCACUUGUUAUUAUAAAUAUCAUUACAUUAAAUUCCCAGGUAUAGCGUAUGCCUCUGUUCUCUUUACUUGUGAAUGGAAAUUGAGGGUGAUAUUCAUCUUGACUGUCAAGUUUAUUGAAUUCAGAAAUGUCUAGAGAAUGGUAAGGCACAUAUCUGGGGUGCCUGUGGAUCUUUCCAGAGACAAUUGGAUCAUGAGGACUCUAGCUUAAUCAGUGGAUCAAUGCAUUGAUGAGGUCAUAAUGUGGUGGCACCAUUGGGAUGUAAUGGAAGGGAGCUAAGAUAGUGUAUCAAGGGGCCUUGAGCUGAUCCCCGGUGCCUUCCUCUGAAGCAAUCUCUGUUUCUCUCCCUCCUGGCUGCUCUGCUGUGCCCUCCUGCCAUGAUGCCCUACCUUGGCCUCAAUCAACCAUGGACUGAAACCUCUAAAAUCAUGAGCCAAAACAAAUCUUUUCUCUUUCAAAUUGUGCAUGUCAGAUAUCUUUUCCUACCAACAGAAGGCUGACUAAUACACACACAGCUCCUUCAUUCUUUCUGCUUUGGUCAUUCACUCCAUCAUUCUGGAGAACAGGGAGGCCUGUAAGAUUUUCGCACCAAGAUCUGCCACAGCAGGAUUUUCUGGCUGCCAAUUCCACUUAAACAUUUUUAUUUCUCUCUUCCUGGAUCUGAAAACUUGCAAUUUUAGUUUCUGAAAUAAUUAUCAGGAUAAUUCUCCUUAUUUUAAAUUUGACAGUCUUCAUAUUUUUUACAGUUUAAGCAUCCAUUAGCCAAAUGCUGCAACAUCCAGCUUGUUGAUAUUAUAGCAACCAAGAUUUUAGUUCUUGAAUUCUUCCAAAAAAGAAGUAGAAGCUCUCAGCAAUUAUACAUUUAUUUUUGGAACUGCCAAGUGCAGGCUUGCCUGAAAACAGGGAAAGUCUAUUUUUCAUUCUUCAGUUCAUUAACUCAGACUGGAAUAAUUGCCCAAGAACUUGGCUUAACUGCUGCAUUGAAUGUAUGCUUAGCACAGGCUUUCAGUGUGAUCUUGAGUUUUUCUAGGCAAGAUCCUCGGUUCAGACUGAGCACAUAUAAUCAUUGCUUUUGUACAUCUUUCCUGCCUUCUCACUGCUGAGAUGCAUCACCUGCUAUAACAGCAGUAUCACCUUAUUCUGAUCUGAGCCCAGUGUGGUUCUGAUAAACCCAGCAAAUGCCACCAACAAAUGCAAGAGCCAUCAUGAUGAAAGGUAGAGUGUGGAGGAAGGGAACUGGAGAAGUAUUAAAUUAGGGCUGGGAAAAAUCUGAGCCACCUCCUCUAUUAGGAAAAAAGGUUGUUCCUCCUCCUCCUCUUCCUCAUGGCUGCUAAAGUACAAGACCUUCAGAAAACCCAGAGUUCCACUUGUGUCAAAUAAAAUGGAGAAAAGAACACAUGAGGGAUACGUUUGUGGCAAUAGAUAUUCAGCUUAAAAAUCGCACUGAUAGAGUUUCAUGUUGAUCCAAGGACAGAUCUUCAUUUCAGAGUCUUCCUUUGAAUCAUGUAGUUAUCAUUAGUAAAAGUUGGAGCCUCAAUCUUGCAAUAUUAAAGAUAGGAUAACUGGUUUCAUUCAAAGAAAAGAGCUUCUACCAAGGAUAUAUUCUGCAAGAAUCCAGUGAAUCUUUGGGGAUGGGGAGCAGGAGGAAGAGAGGUUAGGGAAGAAUUUUUUAAAAUUUCCUGUUAGUUAAAACAAUAGUAAUUAUGCUCCUUUGGCUACAAUGAUCUACCAUGUCUUCAAGUUAACUCUUUUAUAAAUUCAUUUGGAAACAAUAAUCAAGAAAAAGUUUUUUGAGUCCUCUCCUGUGAUGUGAUUUGUUUUUCUUACUUUAAAAUAGUACAUUUACUGCACAGAUGUUUUCUCUACAGAGCGUGAUCUUAAUGCAAGAGAUCAGUUGUUCUGUUACAGGCUCAGCUGACUAUUCCAUUCGGCCACAAGCAGACCAAGAGGCUGCUGGUCAGAGUGAACCCAUCCUAUCUCCAAGCUGCUUCUUCUAAGCUGGAACUCUGUGGUUGGUCACCACAUAGACUCUGAUGCAGGGACCUAGGGUUAGGGCAACUCCUAAAUCCUUUCCACAAGAUCAAAUGUGUUUACAGUUACAUUCAUUUACCAUAUAACCAAUAUUCAUUGAGCCACUACUAAAAGGCCACAAUAAUUAAGAUGCAACAAAUCCCAUAGUCUAGCUGCCAGGGUUCUAAUGCUACUUCUGUCAUUUAAGAGGAGUUCUCUUGGCAAGUUUUUAACUCCUUCAUGCCUUAGUUUCUGUAAAAGAGAAAAAGUGAUAGUAAUUACUUUGUAGAAGUUCAUGAGGGUCAAACAAUAUAACAUUAUAGACUUGUAUAUAAAGUUUGCCUGCAGUAAGAACUUGCCACUCUUUUAUUAGGCAAACUGGGUUUACUGGGCUGUGAUCAGAAGACAAGUUAAUGUGCCUUCUUCUGCCCUUGCUCAUCCCAUCAAGCAGCCCCCAUAGUGUUCCCUGUCACUCUCAGAUAAUAAAAAGUCCUCUGAUCAAUUUUGGUGCCAAGAAGAGUCUCUUUCCAGCGAUCCAAAUGUCUACUCUGGUAUAAUAAUUAAAUCUGGGAGCUCUAUUUAAUUUAAGCUUCUCUCUACCAGCUUGCCCCUGGCCAGGAGGCCCACAUGGGAGAGAAAAGAAAUAGCAGGUGUCCUCUCGCCCUUCAAGCUGUUUCCUACUUAUUCAUUAGCUCAGACUACAGACUUCUCGAAGGUGAAGCGGAAAGGAGAGUACAGGAAAGGGCACUGUCAUACAGCAGGAAUAAUCAGGAUCUGACCUAAAGCUCCCACGUGAGGCAGAUGUUCAGAGCUAGCACUCAGCUGCCUUAGGCGCUGCCCUUCUUUUGAGGUUUGGUGGCCUGUGUCAGAUGCUGGCACUUCAUGCUGCACCCCACUCAUGAAAGCCAUCACUCAGCUCUCCCAGUGCUUCUUCUGGAGUCUUUCUCCCUCGUUUGGGAGUAAGCAGAAGGCUAGCCCCUUUCCAGCCUAUCCAUUAAGGCAGGAAGUGGCCCUAUGGCCAACACAAAUGCAGGCAGGACCAAGGCAAAGGGAACUCAGCGAGCUGGCUUCCUUUUCAGUGGGUUUUUGCUCAUUACGCUGUCUGCCAUUUCUCUUCA